UUCUUUAGGGUUAAAAUACGCUGACAACUGUGAUAAAAGGGCAUACAAAAGUAUUACAAUCUUCGCCUUCAACCGUGAGCAAUUUGCUUUCUUCUUUCUUUACCAUAUUUUAUAAGCCUGUUAAUUAUUGUUAUGUUGUCCAACUAUACCAAAAAAGAGGAUCUGGAUUUCUGAAAUUCAUCAUAUGGGUAUGAUCCGUUGUUAGGAUAUACUACUUGGGUUUUAGCAGAUUUGGCUGUCGAUUGUUGCUCUAUCGACACAACUUCAUAUUCUAUUUUCAACUUUUAGGGUCAAUUGUCAAAAUUUGGUGGAAAAUUUUAACCAUAGUUGUAGCGAUUGAGGUUUAUAUCGGAAGUAAUCGUGUUUGGAUCUUCGAAUCCAUACGAUCAGGGGUUUCGUGGGAACUUUCAGUAGAAUUAGAAGAGAAAUUCGAGGGAGAUUCUGCUUUGUGAUAGCUUUUUAGCGAAUCUAAUUUGAGACUAUUUGGGGAUCAUCACAGUUUUCGUAGCGAUCCCAAUAUCAAAAUAUUGUAGUUUUUUUCUAGGGCUUUUUCUGUUUUAGUUGGAAGAUAAUUGGUUCAAACUGGGGGUGUAUAUGCACCAAGAAAGAACAUGGCUGCAGAUGGCUAUUCGAAAACCUCCAAGGCAUCUAUCAGUUGUUCGGCAGAGUAUGAGCACAGCAACGCUGCUACAACCUAUGAAUACGGAGUUUGGGGUCGGGAUUGUUGCUGCCAAGUCAGGGUCAGAUGGGAAAUCUGAAUUUUUGCCCAUAAUCCGAUCGGGAAGCUGUGCAGAGAAAGGACCAAAGCAGUAUAUGGAAGACGAACAUAUAUGUAUAGACAACCUUCUUGAAUAUCUAGAUGGAACAGAAGGUUUCCCUCCCCCCGGAGCUUUCUAUGGGGUUUUUGAUGGACACGGUGGCACGGAUGCUGCAUCUUACGUUAGAAAGAACAUAUUAAAGUUCAUUGUUGAGGACUCGCAGUUCCCUGUUUGCUUGGAGAAGGCGAUUCAUAAUGCAUUUGUGAAAGCCGAUCAUGCAUUUGCAGAAAACAGUUCUCUUGACAUCUCGUCCGGAACCACUGCGUUGACUGCUCUAAUAUUUGGAAGAACGAUGGUGGUUGCGAAUGCUGGCGAUUGUCGGGCCGUGUUAGGAAAAAGAGGUAGAGCAAUUGAACUAUCGAAAGACCACAAACCGAAUUGUGCAUCUGAGAGACUGAGAAUAGAACAACUAGGUGGAGCCAUCUACGAUGGGUACCUAAAUGGCCAAUUAUCAGUGGCUCGAGCCCUUGGAGAUUGGCACAUGAAAGGCCCAAAAGGGUCUGCCUGCCCGUUAAGCGCAGAGCCAGAGCUGCAAGAAGUGGUAUUAACCGAAGAUGAUGAGUUUGUGAUCAUCGGGUGUGAUGGUCUGUGGGACGUAAUGAGCAGCCAAUGUGCAGUCACAAUAACAAGAAAAGAACUGAUGAUUCAUAACGAUCCAGAAAGAUGCUCAAGGGAGCUGGUCCGUGAAGCGCUGAAAAGGAACACUUGUGACAAUCUAACGGUUAUUGUCAUCUGUUUUUCGCCAGAUCCUCCGCCACGGAUUGAGAUACCCCAGACUCGAGUCAGGAGGAGUAUUUCGGCAGAAGGGCUGAAUUUUCUGAAAGGUGUAUUGGACAGCAACUCGUGAGCGAGCACGCUCGAAAUGUGAAAUCGCGAUGCCGAUCGGAGCUACGAAAUGGUUGAUUCAUGGUGUUAAAUUUAUGUACAUUAUUGUUGUAUGGUUGAGGAUGAAUAGGAAGGAAGGAAGGAGGAGAGGAGUGUGACUGUUAAUGUUAACCCCAUUGUAAAUAUUCCAUGGCUUGAUCUAAAUUUACAUUCAUUUUCUCUAAUGAUGUUCAUGCUGCAUUCUAACGGCAUCGUU